AUGAAGCUCACCAGUACUCUCGUCGUUCUUUUCGUCUCUUUCGCCCCAAGCUAUGCCUAUAUUCUAGAUCCCUCAUGUGGCGCGUAUAAAGAUAUCGUGGUCGCGGGCAUGAAAGGAGCAUUUGAUCUCGCUCAAGCGGGGGCAGAUACUUUGAAUACUGUUGAGACUUCAAAUGAUGGUGGUGGAGACGUAUUGCAGGCCCAGAGAGACCUCUUUGGCUUCACGUUCGCCGAUGCAAUGACAAAUGGCAAGAUAGUUCCGACUAAUGCCAAGUGGGCAACCAUUAAAAACGUAUUCGACGCGGUCCUGAAAUACAAUAAAAACAAUGGUGAACCAGAUGUAACAACUCUUCGAUAUGACUAUACAUCCCUCACCGUCGACGAUCUCAUCAUCCAUUGUGAUUUUACGCGUUUUGAUGAGGGCUACAACUGUAGAGCGCCCGCCCCUGACCGCAUCUGCGAUAUGACCCUAGGGAUCGACUGGCCUUUUGGAAAUGCUUACUUUAACUGCAAGUAUAUGCUCCCUUAUAGUGAUAAGCUCACGCAAGCUUUCGUACUGGCCCCGUCUGAGGUGGGGAUCCCUUUGCCUUCCACGCUGCAAUUGUGCCCUGGCUUCCUAGCCGAGAUAAAUCUGCAUGAGAGCAAUACCUUGGGAGGGCAAGGUUCCACUGCUGCCCUGGCUAUGAAUUGGGCAAAGUACAUUUACGAUCCUCCCAGCGGAUAUCCUGCUAUGGAUUUCUUAUCGACGUUCGAUUUUACCUUGCUUCAUGAAUUGACACAUGCCAUUUCGAAGGGGGCAACCGUUGACGCUGAUGGAUCGAAUUCGUAUGGUUGGAACAAUGCAUAUGUCGUGGCUGAGGAUGACGGUACGCGUAAUGCUGAGAACUAUGCCUUCUUUGGUUUGGCUAGUAGAAUGAUCGUUCCGAAGAAUGGCGUGCAAGCUCAACGACCCAUGGAGGAUGGAUCAAUACAAAUCCUUGCUGGAGGCUCAAGGCGCUCGAAACGAGACCUCUCUCACGGCGACAACCUAUUUGGGCCCCGGGCAAUGAAUUCGACCAUAGCCCGCAACAGCAGCGACUCUAUUAGUUCUUCCAACUUGACAUCAAGGAGUAACUCUACCACAUUCAGCACUGCUACUCGAGGACAUGAUUCGUCCGAGAGCAUCUCGUUAUCAAGUACGAUUGCUGGGUCUGCUCUAAGCUUCAUAUCUACUUCCUCUGCUCGUGGCCAUACGUUGUCUACUCUCUCUGAACCAGCCUCGAGUAGCAGUUUCUCAUCGUCGUCAGAAGGAGACAAGCAUAAUUCUUCCUUUACUGACCUGUCAGGGUCUGUCUCGCAUACUGUUCUUCCUACCAUUGCUACAAAGAGCCCCUCGAUUUUCAGCAUCCACUCUUCAAGCUCCCUCACGACUUUGUUAAGUGAUAGAGCUUCUAAAAACGCAACAUCUAUCACGGGUGGCUUAUUAUCAGAGUCUUAUUCCAGCCCUAUGUCCUCUUCCAAGUCUUUUUAUAGUGCAACAGAACCAAAUAGAACGACUACGUCACCAUCCGGAAGAAGCACGCAAGCCUCUCCAUCUAGGUUCACUUCAUAUACCUCAAGCUCAACCGAAGCACUUCUUGUAUAUCACUGGGACAAGGCGACGCCAACUACAACCACUGGAGUAUCAUCCGCAACCCACGACUCUCAUGGGUGGCCAAUCAUCCCCAUUGCUCAUUGUUGGUUUUGUCCUCCCGGUAAUGGAGGCGGUGGAGGCUUUGGCGUUGUCAUUCCCGACGUUACAGGCCCUGGUAUACUGCCCCCUCCAACCCAAGGAGUUAAACCUCCUGUGGGGUUUUCAUCAAAUAUGCCGCCAAUUACGUUAGAUGCGGCUGGAGAUCCUACUUUUGACACUGUAGAGCCUACUAGCCAGCCAACCGAUUCCCCCUCAUCUGCGACUUCAGAGGCCAAAUCGGGUAGCCCUUUACGGACCGUUUCGUCUAUUCCCUCCAGUACUACUCAUGCCAGUAGAUCUUGCUCCACGCAGACAAUGAGCGCCUGUGAGCUCUCGUAUUCGAUGUUUACCCCCGCCGGCGCGAGCACAGCAAAUAUUUCUACCAUUACAGUCUCAUGUUCAACUGCAACUGCCUGCACAGUUUCCCUAAGUAGCUCCUCAACGAGUACCGCCGCAGGUGUUACUGCAACACCUAUUUAUGAUUUCGCCAGGCGUGAAUCUUGGUACGACAUGCAGCAGAAGAUGCUCUCCGAGGCAAUGGCUAAUACGACCGAUGCUUACAUUACUUGGUCUUCGGGUGAAAGUAGCAGCACCAGAAGUACACGUUCUGCUUCAAAGACGCUCUUAUUGUUUGGUUCGGAUAAUAGCACGAGUUCGGCGGCAAAGAUUGUCUCGUCCUCUAGUUCGAAAAGUGCGUCAAAGUCCACAACAGAUCAUAGUAGUACAGAAUCUACAGUCCCUACAUCGAAAGAACAAUCAACAACUAGUAGUGCCAUAAAUUCCACGGAUUCUAAAUCAACAGUACAAUCGAAACCCGGUAGUUCUACCUCAUCAUCUAGCCACACAACCAUUCUUGCCUCGGUCCAUAGCACAACAUCAGCGAACGUCAUAACCUCUUGCAGCUUAUCCAGUUACACAGCUCUUAAAACCACUCAGUCCGGCAUGACAGUCGAUGUCCCUGCUACAAUCGGAUGUGCGUGUAACGAUGACUGGACGGCUGGGAUUGGGAGCAUAGUUGGUUCAGAUUCCUCCACCACUUAUACCUGCCAAAUCACCUCAACAUACAUCGCUGUCAGCACUGGCUCUCCUAAGUCAGUCACAACAACUGCGGUCGAGUCCGUCAAAACAACAGCUAAGCCAGUUUCAACAGCCACAACCAUAGCAGCUCCAUACCAGACGGGUACCUGCAACCUCCACAUCUUCGAAGUAUCUAAGGACAACACACAGCCCCUAUACGUGCAGCUAAACAUCACCGACGGCGGGGACACACUACUCACCAGUAAAAGCUACGACAUAAAAUGGGGCGGCACAUCCAACAUCUCUUCAACCGACUCCAAACUCGCAGAAGAUAUUAGCAUCGACUUUACCCGACGGACGUCUAGCAGCAACAAGCUUCGACCGAGAAUCCCAGCGCCUCCUGUACAAGUGCCAAAUUGGCAGGCAUGGAUUGUUAGCAUAAGGGUGGGGACUACGACAUGGGAUAGUACAGAGAACGACGAGUCGAAACCUCCGUAUUGCAAAGUGGGCGGUUGGAACAAUGGCGAUUUUAAGGACUUUUUGGAGGGUAUACUUUCAUUGGGGGCGAACCAAUUUGAACCUACUCGACAGAUGGAUUGCUACUGGACGUGCUGA